AAAGUCUUGGUCUUCAGAACCGCUCAGGGUUGCAGCAGAGCAUCCCCCCUCCUCCGUCUUAUCCCUCCCCUUUCCAUCAUCCUCUCACUGUUUUUUAAGGAGAAUCUUUAUUUUAAUUUUUUUUAACGCAUCAUCCAUCCUCACCCAUCCGCCUCUCUCCCAGUACUGAGCCGUCUGUCUGCAGGCCACUUGCAUGCAUUGUUCGUCUCCAAAAAUGGUUUGCGAGACUAAAAUCGUUGCGGACGAGCACGAAGCUAUAGCUGGGACCAAAAAAGAGCCGAUGAUGUGGGGCUCCCCGGCGGGCCCCAAGGAUGUGAGAAGGGAUGCGGUGUUUAUCCGCGAGUUCGAGCGCGCGGACAAGGAGGAAGUGCUGCGCAUCUUCCACGAAGGGAUAAUGGAGAGGAUCCCUAACACUGCGUUCAGGGGGAUCUGGCAGCAGCCCAGGACCCAGUUCUUAUAUGCCUUUCUGACAGUAAUGUGCUUUUACGUGACCAAGUCUGUCACGCUGACCUGCUGUGCACCGCUCAUUCUCAUGGGUGCGCGCUACUACUACAGCAGGAAAGUUAUCCAGAAUUAUUUGGAAUGUGCUCUGCACACGGACAUGGCUGACAUAGAGGCUUAUUACAUGAAACCCACAGGCUCUUGUUUCUGGGUGGCAGUUCUUGAUGGGCGCGUCGUUGGCAUCGUGGCAGCGCAGGGCCACGAGGACGACAACACAGUGGAGCUGCGACGCAUGUCAGUGGACUCUCGCUACAGGGGCAAAGGGAUCGCAAAGGCCUUGGGCCGUCGAGUUCUAGAGUACGCCGUGCGAAACAACUACGCCGCGGUGGUCCUCGGUACCACCGCCGUCAAACUGGCCGCCCACAAGCUGUACGAAUCGCUGGGCUUCUGCAGGACGAGCCAGAGCGAGGACUACAGGCUACCGGGGAUGAGCCGAUCGCCGCUGGAGAGGCUCUUCUUUCAGAUCCGCCACAGCCGCUACCGCCUGCAGCUCCGUGAGGAGUGAGAGGUGAAGGAGGGAGAGAGAGAGAUGGAGGAGGGGAAGAUGGAAAGGAAGGAAAGAGGGACAGAGAGAGCAAACACCCUCCUUGACCUUUGAACCCCAACUGCAUCCUCUCCUCCCACAGCUUUUAUUUAUUUUGUGCCAUUCUAGAUAUGUUUAACACUUUUACUAUUUCCUAGCGAAGUCACUAAUGUUUUUCUAUCGGUUCUUAAUGUUGUUUUAGUGUUUUAUAUUUACUCUGGUGGAAUAUAUAUUUUUUCAGUUUUAUUAAGCUAUUUUUUAUUUUUUGGCAUUUUUCUCCCUCCCUGUUUACUAGAGAAAUAAAACGAGGCACCUUUAGGGGAUAACUGUCUGGCAUCAUAACCAAACACAAUCCGGCAUUUGACCCUAGAGGAUGUGGCUCAGAUCAACUCCCUCCCCCCUGGUAAAUUGAAUGCAACAAGGAAAAUACAUUCUGCUGCAAUGCAGGGGGGGGGCGGACAGGAAAGGGCAGUGGGAAAAUAUUUAACAGCUCCAGCAAAGAUGUGUAAAGAAAUCCUUAAAAUUAAGGAACCUCAUCUUUAUUUACAAUGUCAAAAUGAUGAGGAUUUCCACAGGACACAUUAAGAUCAAACUUUUUUUAAACACAGCGUUAGUUUCAAACAUCUACCAAUAGAUCCCAUUGCAAUCCUUAUCUCCAAAGAAAAUCAUCCAACAUCUACCUUUAUUAACGGCACGUGCUCUCGUCUUCCUCAUUCUGAGGAUGAAGAUAUAUGCAUCGGUUCAUUUUACAUCCCUGGGAAAAGAAAGUCAUUGACUUUGUUAAAAGCAAAUUGUUAAACUUUACCAGUGCUGGCAGUUAGCUUGGCAAAACUUACAUAUUGCGUAAGACACACCCCACCACACACACAUAUAGAAGUAAUUUGGCAGCUGGCCUCUGUUUUAAGAAAGUAUAUUGAAGCCCAGUGAGAGCAGAUUCCCACGGUGAGAUUCAGGAUGUUAACCAGAAUAAGCUGCAUUCAUCCUGUACGUGUUAAUAAACACAGUGACCCAUUCGAAACACCUGCCUCUUUAGUUCCUCCAAACAAAUCGCCAAUUCUGAGUUUUUUUUAAUAUAAUUGAAUCAAUGCGGCACUCGUUUUAUCUCUCUGGUUCUGUGGACGGGUUUGUGGUUUAAGGUGAGGGGAGGGUGGAGCUUUCUCGCUCAGAGCUUGCGUUUGUGUGAUCACUGAGGGCUUGCCAUGGCGUAUGUUUGUGGAUUCAUGAGGCAGGUGUGUUUUACGUCACACCAGGCCUCUGUCGAGUGUUUGAGGACAAAUUUAAUUUGAAUCUUUCUUUUUUUUUUUCGGGGUGGGAUGGGCUAAAAAUGAAAUAUUAUCUAACUUAAACUACUUUAUAUGUGUGCUUAUGAAUUGUUUACUGAUCAAAUCAAGUUAAAGUCUAACAUUUUGAAUAUGUUAACAGCCUAACUGACAAAAAAAAAAAGGUUUUGUAAUUUUCUAACUUUAACGAAGCUCCACGUUGAAAUAUGCAAAUUUUACUGUCAAAACCACGACAAUGACGAAGUAGCUUCAGUCAAACACUUAACACGCAUUCAGGUUAUUGGGUAAAACACGACAACUUAGCAAUACUUUGAAAUGUACAGUUACGUGACUGAGCACAAAUUUCCAAAACCAGUAUUAGAACCCAUGUAUUGGCAUGAGCAUCCCUCCUGUGUGUUUUUACUGUGUAUAGAGCUGAAUACUCAUGUAGCAAACAUCGACGUUUCUCUCCUACCUGCUUACUCCGACCCAACAACCAGCAGGAGAUUCAGCAAUCCGUGACUCUGAGCCUUAGUUGUGUCAUCAGACCGUUUUCAUAAUGCUAAAUGUACAGCAAAGCAUAAGGAAAAAAAAAAAAGCACAUAAAGAGAAAAAAUAAAUAAUUUGUCCCAAAAUCAGCACCAUACCUUACUUUCCUUUACCCUCUGACCUACUCAUGACUCUGUCUGCAACCCUGGGCUGGACAAAAAAGCCCAAAUACCCUAUUCAUAACCUUCUUAUCUCUGCAUGUGCCCCCCUCCAAGCCUUGCUGGAAAGCUUUAAUUAUUUCAUUUCAAACUGGUUGGACCACUCCAAGACCCGGUCCCCAAUCUGAGAUCAGUGUGACGACACCUUUGCAUCUAGGGGACCGAGUGGCGUCAGGUUGCACCUGAUGAAUGGUUGCGUGAGCACACAGAGCGACAUACUGUGCGUGCUUGGUUAAGAGUUGGUGCAGAAAUAAAGAUUACGCUUACCAACCGCCUGGACGACCUUGUGCCCACCAGCUCCCCAACUGUAGAAAGCAAACAGCAAUGCAAGAGCGGCAUGCCCUUUGUACCCAGUGUGUGUCCGGUGCCUGCCCUGGAAAUGCAUAGGUGAAAAAAUACAUGUACUAUAUGAAAUAUACAUAUAUAUAUAUAUAUAUAUAUAUAGAUAUAUAAGAGAAAAUAUUCCAUGUUUUUCCUUAAAAAAAGAAAAAAAAAGAACUGUACCAUCUGCAUGAAUUGUGUCUUUGAAUGCAAAUAUAACUUAAGGGGAGGAACUCUGACCACAUGGCUCACAGAAAACCUUGUUUACAUGAUCUAAGAUGGUAAGAAUGAUCUGUAACUAUCGCUACCAGCCACAACUACGUACCUAAAACUUACACGAGGCGGUAAAAAGUUAUCUAGAAGCUUUAAGCCACAUCUAGAGGCUUUGUCUCAGUUUAAAGCAGCUAAUAGAGGCAUAUAACUUUCAUUAUCCUGUUGUUAGACCAGCCUAAAAAAACAAACUCUUUUAAGGCGUUGGACCAUGGUGCAGAAAAAGCACAAAUCACAAAAUCCUGUAGGUGUUUACAAAACCCGAUGCACCAGGGGACCAAAGUAGAAGCUAUACUUUAAGUUCUUAAACGUACAAAAAACACGUUUACCUUUUAGGCAUGGGCUGGUAUGAGAUUCUCAGGGUGGAACCUUAAAUAAAAACACCAGGCUUUCACUGCAUUACAGUGUUUACACAAAAUCAUAAAAACUAAGAUUUUCACACGAUUCAAUGGCUUCAUUUAAACCCCAAAUCGACUAUUAUUUCUGCUGCUUUGGAAAUUAUAUGAUGGUUCAAGUUAUAAUAACUAAAUUUAGUUGUGACCUUCAUGUAAUCUUAAGAAAUGCAGGAUUAAAAACCUGCUAAUUAGGUUCUCAUUGCAAAGAAAUGUAUACCUGGGAGCUGAGAUUAGGUUAUUUAGUCGGGGUAUCUGCUCCAGCAGAGCUGACAGUCAGCUGCUUAAAAGGGCAUUUUAUUUAUUUUUAUUUUAAAAUCUGUUUUUUAAAACCUUGGGAUAAUCUAGAUAGCUGUAACUGGCCCAUGCCUUCAUCACAGCUAGUUAUGAAUUAUACAGCCUUUCCAUAAUGAUUUAUAUUUGACUUAACCCAACAUUGGACAUAAAACCAAAAUGAAUUAUCUAUCAAAACCACAAUUUUAAGACUCUAAUGGUUUCUUCUCAAUGAAUCCCUCUUGUCAUUCAUACCAAGUGAAAUGCAACACUUCUGUUACACAGCCAAUCCGUUUCCUCACUCCUCAACCAACAUCUUCCUGAUUUAACACUGUGCUCCCAUCCGACAAAACAAAACAAAACAAGAUGACAGGCAACGCGUUAAGAGUCACAGCUCAGUUUGAGGCAUCACAAUAAUCAGACUGAUCUGUUUUACUAAGAAUCAUCUGUGCUGAAGGAGAAGAUUCUCUUGUUAGACGUCUUACUUUGAUGCAGGCCAGCGGGUCUUUCAGAUCAAGAAGGUUAAAUGUGUCAUUUUCCAAUUUAACAAGAAGAUUUAAAUGCUUUAUUACACAUUCUGGGAUAACUCAGUCAUGCUGACAGACCUAUUAAGAAGGAAGGUAACAUCAUUCAAAAAGCUUUUGCCCAAGACCUUAUGCACUGGAAUCAAGGGUGUGGACUGCAUGGCUUAACCAAGUAUAAGGGCAAAUUCUGACUCCUAAAGAUGAAGUGCACUGACUGUAGUAUAAUGCAUUGAUUUACUUGUGGUCUGAGCAAUGUAUUGUUUUCUACUUCACUCGAAUGCUUUGCUCUGUGAAGUCUUGCCUCUUUUUGAGGUCUUGCAUAUCUAAUGUUAGAAUGUAGUUUCUUGUAUUAAACAUCAGUGUUAGCAAACAUAUGCUGUAUAUUUAGUUAUGCACCAUUUUCUUUUCUAAUAUUCUGCUGAUGUACAAU